GCGUGUGUGUGUACAUAGAGGAUGGCUCAGUGCUCAGGUGCAGUCAGCGGGAUCUGGGAACCAGUCAAGCAGGCAACAGGACCAGUUUAUUUACCCGGACGACAGAGCACUCUGCUGGGCUAGUGGCUGGAGCUUGAGCCCCUUCUUGGACCUCCAACCCUGGAGCUCUACUAUCAAAUCUGUAACUGAGCAAUUUUUAUACAUUAUUCUUAAUCAAGUGAACAAUUUCACCAGACUGUGGAUAAUACAAGUCAAUUUUCUAUCUCCUAUAAUUUGCACUUGCUUUGCACUUUGAUCAUUGAACAGUGGAAGCAGCAGCCUUCACAGGUGGAGCUUGAGGAGUUGAAACGGAGGAGUUUGUCAUGUCUCUGUACUGCUCCAUACUGGACCUUUGCAACUGCACAGUGUGGAUAGCUGCAGAGGGAGAUAAAUAACAAAAGAAAGAGGGAAAUCUUUCCUAAACAAUCUUCCUCUCACACACCUGUGAGGGCUCCUUCUCUAACAAAAGCACAGCCGAGGAUAGUAGGAACAAAAAGAUAAUUAGGAGCUAAGAAGAAAAGGCUAAAGAGGAGACUUGGAGUCCACGCUCUAUCCCUCCAUUCAUCACUCCGUCCCUCCUUCUCUCAUUCCCACCUGUGAGGAUUAAUUGGACCGGAGCAGAAUGGCGCACGCUGCCUCGCAGCUGAAGAAAAGGGCGGAUGAGAACCUCACCGCUGCGGAGGAUGAGAAGGAGAAGAAGAAGGCAGCGAGGAAGCGUUCCCGCGAAGCAAAGAAAAAGACUGAUGUAAAUGCCUGCUAUCUGCGAUCAGCUCGGGCGGGGAACCUAGAAAAAGCUUUGGACUACCUGAAGAAUGGAGUCGACAUCAAUAUUUGCAAUCAGAAUGGCCUGAAUGCUCUCCAUCUGGCCUCGAAGGAGGGCCAUGUGGAAGUGGUGGCUGAGCUCAUCAAGCAUGGUGCCAAUGUGGAUGCAGCUACUAAGAAAGGAAACACAGCCCUCCACAUAGCUUCCCUUGCUGGCCAGACAGAAGUGGUGAAGGAACUCGUCACCCACAAUGCCAACGUCAAUGCACAGUCUCAGAAUGGCUUCACUCCGCUGUAUAUGGCGGCGCAGGAGAACCACAUGGAUGUGGUGCAGUUCUUAUUGGACAACGGCUCCAGUCAGAGCAUCGCCACUGAGGAUGGUUUCACUCCCCUGGCGGUGGCAUUGCAGCAGGGCCAUGACCAGGUGGUUUCCCUCUUGCUGGAAAACGACACCAAAGGGAAGGUCCGCCUGCCAGCGCUGCACAUCGCCGCACGAAAAGAUGACACCAAGGCUGCUGCGCUCCUCCUCCAGACUGACCACAACGCUGACGUGGAGUCCAAGAUGAUGGUGAAUAGAACAACAGAGAGCGGUUUCACUCCUCUUCAUAUCGCGGCUCACUACGGCAAUAUCAACGUAGCAACACUCCUGCUUAACAGAGGGGCAGCUGUGGACUUCAAGGCAAGGAAUGACAUUACACCACUGCACGUAGCAUCCAAACGUGGGAAUAGCAACAUGGUGCGACUGCUGCUGGAGAGAGGAGCCAAGAUUGAUGCACGGACCAAGGAUGGUCUGACUCCUCUCCACUGUGGAGCCAGAAGUGGUCAUGAGCAGGUGGUGGAGAUGCUGCUGGACAGAGGAGCUCCAAUUCUAUCAAAGACCAAGAACGGUUUGUCUCCCCUCCAUAUGGCAACACAGGGCGACCACCUCAACUGUGUCCAGCUGCUGCUACACCACGAGGUGCCCGUGGACGACGUGACGAAUGACUACUUGACGGCGCUGCACGUGGCCGCCCACUGUGGGCACUACAAGGUGGCAAAGGUCAUUGUGGACAAGAAGGCCAACCCCAACGCCAAGGCACUGAAUGGUUUCACUCCCCUGCACAUCGCCUGUAAGAAAAACAGAGUCAAGGUGAUGGAGCUACUUCUGAAGCAUGGAGCAUCUAUACAGGCAGUCACUGAGUCCGGUCUGACUCCGAUCCACGUUGCAGCGUUUAUGGGACAUGAAAACAUCGUUCACCAGCUAAUUCAUCACGGGGCUUCACCAAACACAAAUAAUGUGAGGGGGGAGACGGCACUCCACAUGGCAGCGAGGGCAGGACAGUCAAAUGUGGUCCGAUAUCUGAUCCAGAAUGGAGCACAAGUCGAUGCCAGAGCCAAGGACGACCAGACUCCGCUGCACAUCUCAAGCCGUCUUGGUAAACAAGACAUUGUCCACCAGCUGCUGGCAAACGGAGCAUGCCCAGAUGCCACGACCAGCUCUGGAUACACACCUUUACACCUGGCCGCCAGGGAGGGACACAGAGAUGUGGCAUCAUCGUUGCUGGACCAAGGAGCUAGUCUGGGCAUUAUUACCAAGAAGGGCUUCACUCCUUUGCACGUGGCUGCAAAGUACGGGAAGAUCGAGGUCGCCAACCUGCUACUGCAGAAAAACGCUCCAUCUGAUGCUGCAGGGAAGACUGGACUAACUCCACUGCAUGUGGCAGCACACUAUGAUAACCAGAAGGUGGCACUGCUCUUGCUAAACCAGGGAGCUUCACCGCAUGCUGCUGCAAAGAAUGGCUACACACCACUUCACAUUGCAGCUAAGAAGAAUCAGAUGGAGAUAACCACCACGUUACUGGAGUACGGUGCCUCCACCAACACAGUAACACGCCAGGGAAUCACGCCUCUGCACCUCGCAGCACAAGAAGGCAACGUGGACAUAGUGACCCUGCUGCUGGCUCGAGAUGCUCCCAUAAACAUGGGCAAUAAGUCUGGGCUGACUCCACUUCACCUGGCUGCCCAGGAGGAUAAAGUCAACGUUGCUGAGGUCUUAGUCAACCAGGGAGCUACUAUAGACCCUGAGACGAAGCUGGGAUACACUCCUCUCCAUGUGGCCUGUCACUAUGGCAAUGUGAAGAUGGUCAAUUUCCUGCUGAAAAAUCAAGCGAAGGUCAACGCUAAGACCAAGAACGGUUACACGCCUCUCCAUCAGGCUGCACAGCAGGGACACACACACAUAAUCAACCUGCUGCUACAUCAUGGAGCAUCGCCCAACGAACUCACAGCUAAUGGAAACAGUGCUCUGUCCAUUGCCAGGCGGCUCGGCUACAUCUCUGUGGUUGACACACUCAAAGUGGUCACAGAGGAAACUCUUACAACUCAGACUGUGAUAGAGAAGCACAAGAUGAAUGUUCCAGAGACCAUGAACGAGGUGCUGGACAUGUCCGAUGAUGACGGUGACGAUGCAAUGACGGGGGACACAGACAAAUACCUGGCCCCCCAGGACCUGCGGGAGCUGGGCGACGACUCGCUCCCGCAGGAGGGUUACAUGGGCUUCAGCGUUGGUGCGCGCUCACAGAGCCUGCGUUCCUUCAGUUCUGAUAGGUCCAACACACUGAACCGGAGCUCGUUCACACGGGACAGCAUGAUGAUAGAGGAGAUGCUGGCACCCAAUAAGGAGAUGCAUUUGUCUGUGGCUAAGGACUUUGACAACGACUCUCUGAGGAGGUACAGCUGGACUGCAGACGCACUGGAUAAUGUCAACCUAGUGUCCUCACCAAUACACUCCGGUUUUUCCUCUCCGCUCCCGCAGUACGACAGCAGGUUCCUGGUCAGCUUCAUGGUGGACGCCAGAGGCGGCUCCAUGAGAGGAAGUCGUCACAACGGCAUGCGCAUCAUCAUCCCGCCCAGAAAGUGUACAGCGCCCACCAGAAUCACCUGUCGGCUGGUCAAGAGACACAAACUGGCAUCUCCUCCUCCGAUGGUGGAAGGAGAAGGCCUGGCAAGCCGACUCGUUGAGGUCGGACCAGCAGGUGCUCAGUUCCUUGGGCCUGUGAUAGUGGAGAUCCCUCAUUUUGGCUCGAUGCGGGGCCAGGAGAGAGAGCUGAUCCUACUGCGCAGCGAGAACGGAGAGUCCUGGAAAGAGCAUCUGUACGACUAUAAGACUGACGACCUCAAUCAGCUCCUCAGUGGGAUGGAUGAAGAACUGGACAGUCCGGAGGAGCUGGAGAGGAAGAGAAUCUGCCGCAUCAUCACCAAGGACUUCCCACAGUACUUUGCUGUGGUGUCUCGAAUCAGGCAGGAGACCAAUCAGAUGGGACCGGAGGGCGACUUGUGCAGCCGGAGCGUCCCAUUGGUUCAAGCUUCCUUCCCUGAGGGGGCAUUAACCAAGAAGAUAAAAGUUGGACUGCAGGCCCAGCCAGUACCUGACGAGACAGUGAAGAAAAUCCUUGGAAACCGAGCAACUUUCAGCCCCAUUGUUACUGUGGAGCCCAGAAGAAGGAAGUUCCACAAGCCAAUCACUAUGACAAUCCCAGUCCCGCCCCUCUCAGGGGAGGGGCUUACCAACGGCUACAAGGGAGACUGUACUCCAUGUCUUCGCCUUCUUUGUAGCAUCACAGGUGGAACAUCUCCUGCACAGUGGGAAGACAUCACCGGCACAACUCCUCUCACCUUCGUCAAUGACUGUGUCUCCUUCACCACCAAUGUUUCUGCCAGGUUCUGGUUAGCAGACUGCCACCAGAUCCCAGAGACGGUGGGCUUGGCCACACAGCUGUACAGGGAGCUGAUCUGUGUGCCCUACAUGGCCAAGUUUGUGGUUUUUGCCAAGAUGAAUGACCCAGUGGAGUCUAGACUGAGGUGCUUCUGUAUGACAGACGACAAGGUGGACAAGACCCUGGAGCAGCAGGAGAACUUUGAGGAGGUGGCCAGGAGCAAAGACAUAGAGGUUCUGGAGGGCAGGCCCAUCUAUGUGGACUGCUACGGAAACUUGGCUCCUCUGACUAAAGCUGGUCAGCAGUUAAUUCUUAACUUCUACGCCUUCAAGGAGAACCGUUUGCCCUUCUGUGUCAAGGUGAGAGAUCCCAGCCAGGACCCCUGCGGUCGUCUUACGUUCCUUAAAGAGUGUAAGACCAUAAAAGGUCUCCCACAAACUGCCGUGUGCAACCUGAACAUCACACUUCCGGCAGUGAAAAAGGAAAUGGAGUCAGAUGCCGAGGAUGAGACUGAAAAGCCAGAGCGACGUCAUACCUUUGCAUCUCUAGCCUUACGUAAGCGCUACAGCUAUCUGGCCGAGCCUGCACUGAGCCCUCAGAGUCCCUGUGAGAGAACAGACCUCCGCAUGGCAAUAGUAGCCGACCACCUCGGACUCAGCUGGACUGAGCUGGCCAGGGAGCUGGAAUUCUCUGUGGACGAGAUCAACUUCAUCAGAGUGGAGAACCCAAAUUCCCUGACAGCACAGAGCUUCACGCUCCUAAAGAAAUGGGUGCACAGGGACGGUAAAAAUGCCACAACGGAUGCUUUAACUGCGGUGCUGACUAAGAUCAAUCGGUUGGAUAUUGUGACUUUGCUGGAAGGGCCCAUAUUUGACUACGGUAACAUUUCAGGCACACGCUGCUUUGCCGAUGAUAACGCAGUAUUCCCGGAUCAGUCCGAUGGAUACGACAAUAUAGAUCUGGAGCUGCAAACCCCCUCAACCCUGAACUUCGUGCCCCCCACCCCGCUGCGCUCAGACGACUUCUUUAGCGAGGGCGAUGCUAGCGCAGACUUCCCUAGCAAGACCAUGCUUAGUAGACCUAGCGACCUCUCUCUCACUCAGACCACCAGUACCUCCAGCAGUGACCCCCUCACAGUCGCCCCAGGCCCCAGCUCCAAUGCCCCACAGCCCCCCAUUGUUGGGGCCGAAGAUACAACCUUGACCACAGGAGAAAGAGAGAUGUCUGUGGAAGAAAAGACAGGGCUUGUUUCUUAUGAGAGGCCGGAUAAUGACAGAAGGGCAGUAGAGCAAUCAGGAAAGGGAACAGACAGGCAUGCUGAGGCCUUUGAGAAAGAACUUAUGGCAGGGCACGGAGUUGUUUUAGAGCGUCAGGGAGGAAACCAAAAAGAGGAUGCCGCCUUAGACACUGGUCAUGGAAAUGGAAGGCAGGAAGAAGAAGAAGAAGAGGAGGAGAUGAGCCAGGAGAGGCUGCAGAGUCUGCUGGAGGAUAUAAAGCUGGAGGGAGGCUUGGAGGACGAGGAGAUGACAGAAGAGAGGGUGAAUGCAAUUCUCGAACAAGUACGGCAAGCAGAAAAAGAAAUGUGUUCAGUUCCAGGCUGGAGAAGUGAGACGUCCGAUGCAAUCGUAGAGUCAGCAGCCCCUGGCCGCAGCCCCGGCACUGAGGAGGGCAGCCCCGACAGUCUGGCUGAUUCAUUGGAGCAGCCCCCGGCUCAGACCAAUAGACAGAAUGGAGGUCACAGUGACACAGCCAGGGAACGAAAAGAUUCAGAGGCCAAGAGGAAGGGAUCUCAGGAGGACAGCAGCACAGCGGGACCAAGCAGAAGACGGGAGGAGGGAGGUGAAAGGUCCCAGCACAAAGUCCAGGGGAGUGUUAGAGCUGACGAGUCCAGCUCUGAUGACGAGACCACUGUCACCACCAGGGUGUACCGCAGAAGAGUCAUACUCAAGGGAGAGGAGGCCAAAAACAUUCCUGGAGAGUCUGUGACGGAGGAGCAGUACACAGAUGAAGACGGGAAUCUGGUCACCAGAAAAGUGAUCAGAAAGGUGGUACGCCGUGUGGUCAACACGGAGGAAAGGAAGGAAAGUGAAGGCAAAACUGUUUCAGAAGAAGGAUCUGCUCUUGGUGUAGUGACAGGUGGAGCAGAUGCUGCUUCUUUAGCAGGUGCAGCAGCAGCAAGCGCCACAGGGGGGAAGGGCAAGAAGAGGGGGAAGCGCUCCCGACAGGGUCACAAGGCCCAGGAGGCCCAGAGAGGGAAAACUGAGCCUGAAAACGGUGCCAGCAAGAAACAAGGGAAGAAGAGUCAGUCAUAACAGUGGUGCUCUCAACUAAACCUGGUCCACUGACGUCCACCUGCGACACCACAUACACCCUGGGAGGGAAAACGGACUGGAAGCCUCGUCAAUCGCCAAAACGUGUCUGAAGCUUUCACUUACAACGCAUGGUUUUCAGCAAGACAAAGCAAAACAACUACUUUUCUUUUAUUUCGCAUGAGCAUGUCACCAAACUCUCUCACUGUUGGAAACAACACCCGAAGGACACGACUGGACGUGAGCUGGAACUUUCUAUCUUUGAUGAAUGAAAGGCGUCCGUGACCAAAGGUGGCGCAAGAAAAACGACAAGUAAACUGCUGACAGAUAAACAGAUAAAGAUGUGUGAUCCACUCUCUCUCAGACACUCGCCUUAUAUGGUCUAUUUUUUCCUCCUGGACCCACAGUAUUGGGGUGUUACCAUGUGGUUAUUUUUUAAAAAAUGAAAUAUAAUAGUAAAUGGGUGAUUUUGUUGUAUAUAACUGACACUGAAAAAAAACAAACAAAAAAAGAUCAGCAGCUUCACAGAUUGUUUAUGCACUGAUUUGAGUUGAAGCUUCGCAGAGUCGGUGCGUUUGUAUUGAGAGGUCGACACUGUUUGUGCAGCCUUGAGUGUGUGACCUGACAUGCUCUUCCAAAUGAAUAUAAAAAAUGCUGUGUGUAAAUGAGAAACGAAUGGAGAGAAAAAAAAACUGCUUGAUUUUAAACAAUGGACGUUUCUUUAUAUCCAACAGCUACUUCCGCUCUGUCUGUGGAACAUUCUUCGUCUUCAGAGAAAUUAUAUUUUGCUGCAUGUGACGUCACUUUAUUUUUAACGCUUUCCUUUUUUUUCCUCCUAAUUCAAAGCACUGUAAUACAAUUAGAGAGGGGUUUGAUGGUACUUUCUGUCUGUGUGUGCACAUAAUCCAACCAUCUGUCAUCAAUAACUGUUUUUAUUUUAGUUUUUACAAAGAUCACACACUCCACACUCGAGUGGCAGAGAUAGCUUCAUUCUUACGCUUCAGGAAGGUCAGUGUCCCCGAAUAUAACCUGCAGACUGGCACAAUGUGUUAUCUCCAAACUGCUAGCAGCCCCUGUGUGCGUGCAACAUCAAAUAAAAAUGUCUAUCUGUAAGCUCAUCAUGCAUACUAGAAGUGUACGUUUAAGCUUUUAGGUCUGCUGUGGUUUUAAAAAGGGGACUGUUAAAUUUUGAUGGUUUGAUGACUUUUAUCUUUAUUUAAUAGGUUGUAAUUUCAUGAGAACAGAGAAUCUUAUUUUUAGCCCCAUUAUCUAAAUGUAGUCCUUUUUACUAACUCACAUAAAUCACAGUAUUGAUCAAAAUCUGAUCUUCUGUUUAUAUGUCAAUCUUUUUUUUUCUGUUUUCUCUUUUCAUACAAAACCACCCCAAGCAUCCAUUGUUGAUGAUAAAUCUGGUACCAACAUGUAUGACGAACCAACAUAGCCUACACUGGAUGAUCCAAGUAAUUAUUUAAGCAGAAUAAUAAAUUGUGUUUAAACUGAA